UACCAUGUUGACUAGACUUUAAUUCAGAAAUUAAUUCAUAAGUAUGUGAUUAAUACUUAUUAUUUGACAAAUUCAAUAAUAGAGUAGUGGUUUGUGUGAAAAAGUUAUACUCAAAACAGGAAGUAUGUUGAGGUGUAUCAUAUAUGAGAUGUGUAUGUGCUUGUACAGGAUGUGGUGUGUGUAGUGCUACUUUAUCAGCAGGCUUACUCUGCAGCUUUGGCCAGUAGCAUUGAGUAUACAAUUUAAAGCACAGCCAAGCAAUGCAGAUCACUGUAGUGUUUGCAUGUCUGGUGAUAUCAGCAGCCUCUGCUGCUCAAAGUGACUCUACAGUGGCCUGUUAUAUGGAUGCAUCCCUGCAGCACAUGUUUUUUCCACUUGAUCCUUUCUUGUGCACUCAUAUUAUUUACUCCACUGCUUAUAUUGAUGAUGACUUCAGUUUAAAAACCUUGUCCCCGGAUGUGGACGCUUUUAGCUCCAUGCUGAAAAUGCUGAAAGACGGGAAUCCAACUCUAAAGAUGUUGCUUGGUGUUGGGGUGAAGCAGUCAAGGUUGGAGGUGUUGACCAAGCAACAGAUUACUCUGGAUAAUUUUAUUAACUCAACACUGAAAUAUCUGAUGAAGAACAAUUAUGAUGGAGUGGAGCUGACAUGGUUAGAGCAGGACACUGAUGAAACUCUCAGGAACACAGAAACUCUCACAAGUUUCAUUAAGGAACUGAGAGGAUGGAUUGACCAUACUGCUAACAAGUCAUUGCUUGUUGCUGUGUCUCUUCUGGAACAUUGUGACAACAUCAGUACUUGUAUUGACAAGAAAAGUUUGUCACAGUAUGUUGACUUCAUAUGCCUACUGUCACUGAUCCCUAAUAAUGAAGGGCCACAAAUUGACAGCACAGUCAGUUACUGGCAGGACCAAGUUAACCUCAAGAAGCUUAUCCUGGUCUUGCCUGCACUUCUACAACCGUUUCGAAAAAGACAGAGUUGUAGCCAGUCCAGGAUUGUAGGCAUAAAUCCAGAGAGGAAAGUGGAGCAAAUGAAUGCCCCUGGGAUGAUUAUAGCCAAACAGGUCUGCCAGGCCAUUAAGAGUGGACAAAAGGAAUUUAAGACUUUAACAAUACUUGAGCGUGCUCAAAGCCAUGGCGAAGAUGUGUCAAGGGUACUACAGAAAGGACUUGGUGGUGUUGGGGUUGUCAUGUUAGACAUUGGCAACUUUUUCAACUCUGUUUGUCUCAACUGCACUGAAAAUGAAAAGGCGAUUCUUGAAUUAAAUGUGAUUACCAGGCAUCACCACAGGCAUGGUCACCACGGGCAUAGUCAUCACAGGCAUGGUCAGCAUGGGCAUCGUCAUCACGGGCAUGGUCAGCAUGGGCAUCGUCAUCAUGGGCAUGGUCACCAUGGGCAUCGCCAUCGACACCAUCAUCAUGAAAACCAUCACCACAGAUGUGGACACCACGGACUUGGUCACCAUAGUAACAGUCACCAUGUUAACAGUCAUCACGGUUAGAAAGGGUGUUUGCAUCAUGGUCAGCAGUAAUCAGACAAAUUGGAGCUUAAAGGAAAGACAGCCUAAUAAUCACAUCUAUUCAAACAGUGUUGAGUAAUGUGAUGCCACUUAUAUUAAUCAAAUAUCAUAGCAAUAGCAUGAGAGUUUUGAAUGUUGCUUAAAAUUGCAUUAAGGCAUUGAGACAGUGAUAUAUAUUUUGUUUACACAUUAGUUCUCUAAUAUCUAGUCAUGCUUUUGCUAAAUAAAUAUUCCAGUGUUGUGCAGAAAAUGUUAUUAAUUUGAAUAUUGGUUAAUUAGUGUUAUGAAAUAAAUAUUCCAAUUCACUGCUUUCAGUUUCCUUAUACCAUGCUAUAUUUAUGCUUUUUUUUAGUAGUUAGUUAUACAAUUAGAGUAAAACAAUGUCUCUGUGAACAUGUGUGUGUGUGUGUGUGUGUGUGUGUGUGUGUGUGUGUGUGAGUGUGUGUGCAUGCGUGCACAUGGGAAGUAUGUGGACCUAACACCUGAGCAUUUCAUACACUACUCCCUUAGAGAGCAGGAUGUGUGCAGAGGAGCAGUUUGCUUUUACUGUGGUUUUCCUAAUGCAUGUACAGAUUUAUUACAACUAUUAUGUAGUUAUCUUAAA